AUGAAGACAGAUUGGAGUCAAAAUGGAGAACCUUUUCAAGGCUUCCAUCAUCUGUAUCAUUGGAACCUGCACACCCUGCUGUCAAUUAACAAAUCAGUGCGCCCUGAGCCUGUUUGUAUAAAUCGCCAGAGUAGGGACGGCGACUGGUUUCACGGCUCCAGGAUGGAGGGGUUCCUGUCCACGUUCCCACCCUACAACGUCUACGGUAACCCUGCGUGCGCCCCCCCGGCUCCGGGCGGCGGCUGGGGGAAGCGCGAGGGCCGCUUCAUGACCCCCCAGGGCCUCAACUACCUGGAGCUCUGCAAAACCAUCCUGUCCCAGGUCAGCCCUGCCUUCCAACCCGCCCCGCCCAAGCGGGCCAGCACCAGGGAGUGCGGCGUGCAGGUCAACGCCAGAGUGGACAAGCUGGUCCAGUGCUCUCUGGGGCCCAAGACGCUGCUCUGCGGGGACGGCUCCAGGAGUCCGGAUGCCAUCCCCCCGGAGGUGGUCAGCACGCCGCCGGCCAGCAGCCUGCGCUUCCUCAGGCCCGUGUCCAUCUACUCGCCGGUGUUUGACCGCAGGGUGCUGCUGAAAACCCUGACCGACUGCGAGGAGGCUGAAAGCCCCGAGCCGGUGGAGCCCGAUGCGGACACGGAGCCCAGCGGAGGGCCCGCCGAGAAGAACUUCAGGACCGACUUCCGCAGGACCCCCAAGGGCUCCAAUUUUCAGUUCCUGGAGCAGAGGUAUGGCUUUUUCCACUGUAAAAAGUGUAACAUCCGGUGGGAGAGUGCUUAUGUUUGGUGCAUCUCUGGAACCAGUAAGGUGUACUACAAGCAGCUCUGCCGAAUGUGUCAGGUGGGGUUUAAUCCCUAUAGAGUGGAAUCUAUCAUCUGUAAGGGUUGCUCUCAAACGUGCUGCAGCUGUGAGAAGAAGCAGAGGCACAUUAACAUGAAGAGGCCUCACCGCCAAGACCUGUGCUGCCGCUGUAAAGGAACAAGGUUGUCCUGCGACGCUACCUACAGCUUCAAAUACAUCGUCUGA